CCGCCGCCGCCGCCGCCGGGGGAGGAUGAGGAGCGCGGGGCGGCGCUGCCCAGGGACUCGAGCCGCAGCCGAGCUCCAGUGACCGACCGACCCGCUGCCCUGGGGCCGGUGAUCGCGGCGGUUGGAUGCCCGGUGCCUAGCGGGGAUCCCCGGCCCGGCUCCCCCGGGACAGAGACCCGCGCCCGCCAUGGGAUGCUGCAGCUCGGCCGCACACAGCUCCAAACGAGAGUGGAAGCCUCUGGAGGAUCGCAGCUGCACAGAUAUACCAUGGCUGUUGCUAUUCAUCCUCUUUUGUAUUGGAAUGGGUUUUAUUUGUGGCUUUUCAAUAGCUACUGGAGCAGCUGCGAGAUUGGUUUCAGGAUAUGACAGUUAUGGAAAUAUCUGUGGACAGAAGAAUGUAAAGGUGGAUGGAAUAGUCAAUAGUGGUUUAGACCUCACACAAAAGAAGUAUGUGUUCUUUUUGGAUCCAUGCAACGUAGAUCUGGUACAUCGGAAGAUCAAAUCCAUUGCCCUGUGUGUAGCAGCUUGCCCAAGGAAAGAGCUAAAGACUUUGGCUGAUGUUCAGAAAUUUGCGGAAACUAACGGAUCAAAUUUAUGUAGCUAUGAACUACUGUCAUCUAAGUACACUACAGAUUUACAGGCCUCUAAACUUUGUCCUAAGCUCCCAGUUCCAGAGAGUGCACCUAUUCCAUUCUUCCAUCGCUGUGCUCCUGUGAACAUUUCCUGCUAUGCCAAGUUUGCAGAGGCCCUGAUCACCUUUGUCAGUGACAGUAGUGUCUUACACAGGCUGAUUAGUGGAGUUAUGACCAGCAAAGAGAUUAUAAUGGGACUUUGCUUGUUAUCACUAGUGCUGUCCAUGAUUUUGAUGGUGAUAAUCAGGUACAUUUCAAGAGUACUGGUUUGGAUCUUAACAAUUCUUGUCGUUUUGGGAUCACUUGGAGGCACAGGAGUACUGUGGUGGCUGUAUGCUAAGCAAACAAAGUUUGUCAAUGAAACUCUUACUGCUGAUCAGCUUCAAGUAGCCAAAGACAAUCUUCAGGCCCUCUUGGUCUAUGCCAUUUCAGCUACUGUCUUCACGGUUAUCUUGUUCUUGAUAAUGUUAAUUAUGCGCAAGCGAGUAGCUCUCACCAUUGCCUUGUUCCACGUGGCUGGCAAAGUUUUCAUUCACCUGCCACUGCUAGUCUUCCAGCCCUUUUGGACUUUCUUUGCCCUCAUCCUGUUUUGGAGCUACUGGAUCAUGGUCCUGCUUUUCCUUGGCACUACAGGUAGCCCUGUCCUAAACGAACAAGGGUUUGUGGAAUUCCGGGUUUUGGGCCCUCUACGAUACAUGUGGUGGUACCAUGUGGUAGGGCUGAUCUGGAUCAGUGAAUUUAUUCUAGCAUGUCAACAGAUGACUGUAGCUGGGGCUGUUGUGACAUACUAUUUCACAAGGGAGAAAAGGAAUCUGCCAUUUACUCCUAUUCUGGCUUCAGUAAAUCGUCUUGUCUGUUACCACCUAGGAACAGUGGCAAAAGGUUCUUUCAUUAUCACAUUAGUGAAGAUUCCACGAAUGAUCCUUAUGUAUAUUCAUUCCCAACUCAAAGGAAAAGAAAAUGCCUGUGCUCGAUGUAUGCUGAAAGCUUGCAUCUGCUGCCUUUGGUGUCUAGAAAAGUGCCUGACUUACUUAAAUCAGAAUGCAUAUACAGCCACAGCUAUCAACAGCACCAACUUCUGCACCUCAGCAAAGGAUGCCUUUGUCAUUCUAGUGGAGAAUGCUCUGCGAGUGGCUGCCAUAAACACAGUGGGAGACUUCAUGCUGUUCCUGGGAAAGGUCCUGAUCGUUUGCAGCACAGGCUUGGCGGGGGUUAUGUUGCUGAACUACCAGCGGGAUUACACAGUGUGGGUGCUGCCUCUCAUCAUCGUCUGCCUCUUUGCUUUCCUGGUAGCUCAUUGCUUCCUGUCAAUUUAUGAAAUGGUUGUGGAUGUCCUCUUCUUAUGUUUUGCCAUUGAUACAAAAUACAACGAUGGAAGCCCUGGUAGAGAAUUCUACAUGGAUAAAAUUCUCAUGGAGUUUGUGGAGAACAGUAGAAAAUCAAUGAAAGAAGCUGGCAGGGGAGGUGGAGCUGAAGGCAGAGAGCUAAAACCAAUGGCCUCUGGAGCAAGUUCAUCUUGAAACUAGCCAGCCAUUAUGGAAUCCAUUGACAUUCCAAAACACUGUAUAUAAAUAAGCAGCCAAAAUCAGAAAAGGAACAGGGAUUUAAUACUUUUUUUAAUGAUUAUUUUUGUGAAACAUGUACUCUUUUCAUACGGGUGGCUUUUACAAGCAACUUUAUCAUUGUUCCUUUGUUUAAUCAUUGUGGUCAUGGAAAUGUUAAGAUUCUAAUCUGAUUAAGAUACAAUCUAGAGGAGGAUUCCGUUAUUUUUAAAAGAAAUUAAAUCAAGACUAUUGGUUAGAGUAUCAGGUGUCCCUCAGAAUUGAAAUGUAACCAAGAAUUACGUUUAAAUCAGCUCAUUUAGGAUUUUAUAUUUCAACUCAGAUGCAUCAGUGACUUCUGGGGAAAUGUUUCAGAGUUAAAAAAACAAUUAAAAAUUUAGGUGUUUUUAAAAGGGUUUCAUUGAGAGUCAUAAUUAUAACUCAUUUGUAGUCAGUCAUUUUACCCACCAACCCUAAUGGGGCCUAGUGUUUUGUUUAUAAAUUUCAGAUAUCAAAAUAACCAACUCCUCAGGUAUUUAGAUAUUGUGGGAGCCCCCUGCAUUUCUAUGAAAGAGAAACUAGACAAUGGGAAAAGAUGAGUUUUAUAUGCAACUGGUUCCCGUUUUACUUUAUUUUCCCCUUUGAGUUCAGUAGCCUCCUUUGCACUUCAUAAGGCUCCUUUGAAGGGUAUGGAUUCUCCAAACGAGCAGUUGAACAAACUGAUCAUUAAAACUCAGCCUUAGCCAUACUCCUCAUAACUCAUUCAUGACUAGAUAUAAGGAUGCUGGGCAUGGGGAGAGAAACAAACUGUACAAAGAGUAUUGUAAGUUGUUUUUAUUUACCUCCAGAGAGAUUUGGGAAGUGUAAAUGUAAAUGGCCAGGCCUUGGCUGUUUUCUCAUUCAUAUUAGUAUGUACUGUAGCCGGUGGGUAAAACAGGAGAGGGUAGAUAAACAUUUCUUUGGAAAUGACACUGCCAUGGGAUCGAAAGUUAUCCACUAACCAUAAGAUAACUUGUUCAUUUUAAUUCUUGAGUGUUUUAAAAUUUUCGUUCUUGAAGCUUACCAGAUAUGAAUGCUAAUACUCCAUUGUUCAGCUUAUUGUAAUGGUAAAUGCUUAGUGUAUUUGCUAAGAACUCAUGAUCUGUUCAUGCUAUAUACUCCUUUUUGUUACAAUUUUUUAAGAAAACUAUUUUUGUUAAUGUAAAGUAAAUAUUUCAGAGCAGAAUUUUUAAACUUAUUGCACUAAAUACAAGCUCUGUAAGAAUAAAUAAUGCCUCAAUGGUUUGUUCACUCCAUACAAGAAAAUCUUUUGAAAGAGAGCAGCCCUUCCAGCUAAGCUUUGCAAAUGGAUUAAAGAGGGAUGUGUGGAGAAGCAUACGAUUAACGCCACCAGGGUUUUAUCAGCAACUGUUUGCUUAUGUGCUUCCUUUCAAAGGAUCAGACCUUUAAACUGCUGCCGAAGGUAAAAGGCAUCCUGUAUUUUUUUAAUUAAUGAGUGCUCUUAACAGUUCCAGUGGUAGCGAACUACUUCUGUUUUGUUUCUAUAAGUCAUUUGAUACUUCAAUUUUUUUCAGACUUCUUGCAAUAAAAAUCAGGAUUAAUAGAAGGAUUUACCCUUAUCAUAACACAAACCAAACAGUAUGAAUAUAAAUAAACUGUAGCUGUUUGAGGGCAAAAACUGGCUUAGGCUCUGAUCCUGCAAACACUUAUGCAACUGUGUAGCUUUAUUCAAGGAAGUAGUUCCAUUGACUUCAGUAGGACUGCUCAUAGCUCAGUGGUUUGAGCAUUGGCCUGCUAAACCCGGGGUUGUGAGUUCAAUCCUUGAGGGGGCCAUGUAGGGAACUGGGGUAAAAAUCUGUCUGGGGAUUGGCCUUGCUUUGAGCAGGGGGUUGGACUAGAUGACCUCCCGAGGUCCCUUCCAACCCUGAUAUUGUAUGUAAGUCAAGUUAUGCACCUGUGUAAGCAUUAACUGGAUCAGGGCUUUAGUCUGGGAUUUUAAUUGGAGCACUGGUUAGGUCUCUCAAUGUAAAUUACAUGCAUCUGUCAGGACGUCUCAGAGACAUUAGGGCAGCCUUCAUUUAUGCACGGAAGGAGUCUGCUGCAUCAACAGCCAGAAGUGCACUGGCUCAGCUGCAGCUCUGGAGUUUGGAGACUUAGAAUAUGUGCCGAGAUCAGUGGGGUUUGGCAGUGAGUUAAAUACUGGCUCGGCAGGAUCCUAGAAGCUGGAUUCCAAAGCUAAGAAAAGGAUUGUCAUGUACCUAGCUACUCCACAGAAACUGCAGCUUACACCCUGUUUCUGAAGACAUCAUUUGACUUGCUCUGACGGAAGCCUUGGAUUCUGCUCACUUUGAUGACCUAACAUCAUAUUCCUGCCAUGACAAGUUCCGCUACUUUGGGUUCUCUGCUCCCUGGAAGCCGUGGGGGGAGGGGGUGCUUUUCAGUUAACUUACAACUGGAACUGUAAUCAGAAACAAAGUUUGUAUUUUUGUAUAACUUGCCUGUGCACCAUUUUUAUAACAGGGCCUGUUUUACAAAUAAAUUGGUUUUAUUAUCACAGUG